AUGGGGAUUUCAAGUACACUUUUGGGUUCCUUGAGCAUUCUUGUUCUGGUUUUCACAGUUGCUCAUGGGGACCCUCUAGUUCCUGCACUAAUCAUAUUUGGGGACUCUGCUGAAUAUCUGGGAUUCACUUCCUACCCACCAGCUUACCUUAGCCAAGAAGCCGAAGGAGUGAACACCUUGACUGGAGUCAACUUUGCCUCAGCUGCUUCUGGCUAUUAUGACAACACAGCCCGCUUAUAUGGUGCCAUUUCGCUGACCCGCCAGCUGAAUAACUACAGGGAAUAUGAAAAUGAAGUGGUGAGUAUGGUGAGAAGAGCUAAAGCCAAUGCCAUAUUCUCUGGAGCCGUUCACCUUCUAAGUGCAGGGACCAGUGAUUUCAUUCAAAACUAUUACAUCAAUCCCCUUCUUAGAGUCUACUCACCUGACCAAUUCUCAGACAUUCUCAUGAUAUCCUACUCCACUUUCAUUCAGAACUUGUAUGGACUGGGAGUGCGAAGGAUUGGAGUCAUAAGCUUACCACCAACUGGGUGUUUGCCAGCAGCAAUCACCCUAUUUGGCUUAGGAAGAAACCAGUGCAUCCCAAGGUUAAACCAAGAUGCCAUUUCAUUCAACAAUAAGCUAAACAACACAUCUCAAAUUUUGAAGAGCAGACUUCCUGGUCUCAAGCUUGUAGUGUUCGAUAUCUCCCAGCCCGUCCUGGAUAUGAUCACAAACCCUGGUGAUAAUGGUAAAGCACCUCUGUUCAAUAGUUGA